UCAUUUAUACUAAUGUAAAUUUAGUUCCUUUAUUGGUCGAUUCUUGUUCCUGUGUUAGCAAAGUCUGUAGGAACAUUUCAGGGUGAUAAGGAUAUCCGACUAAAGAGAUUGUUGCUGAAUCAUUGUGCAACACAGCCCUGACCACUUAAGCAUGGACCUCACUCACACAAAGUGGUACUUCAGUGGGAAUUGAAGUAUUAUAGAGAGCUGGUCCGACUAUAGCUCACUGGUGCGAAGUUUGAUAAACAGCCAAGGAGGAAAUUAUUAGAUGUUUAUUAAGCUCUGCUCAGCUGUCAUAAUGACAAAAGACAUAGCACUGUAACUGAUGUAGCCACCAAACUGUUUAAAUUCAUAGGAUUAAUAGCAAGUAAACAGUGCAAGCAAGCUGCACAAGCAACAAUUUGUGUAUGUUUAGUUUACUCAGAACUAUGUGAUGGAUACACACCAGCUGAGUAACCCUUGGCUACCGCUUGGCUUGUGUCCGUAGUGGAAACCAGGCUAUCAUCUGUCCAGCCCUACCCUCUCUCGGACAGAUCAGUGUAAAGGAUCCUCAUUUAGAAUGGUUGGUAACACAACACAGAUUAUUAUUCUGUGCUGCAGGGGUUUGUGUGGACUCUUCCUGGGGCAUGAUUCAUUAAACAGAAAUCUUGGACUGGCCAGCUCCUGUGGUCUCGCUCUUUGUCCAGCCAUUGGCUGGCUGAAUGAAUGACUUGCAAAUGCAUUAUGCAUGCCGGUUUACCUUUUGAGCAUUCUUGAGCUCAUUUCCAGGUAAGCACAGCUGAGAGGUUGCCUGCCUGCUUCGGUACUCUGGGCAUCCAAAGAAAAGCUCUGAACAUCUUGGGACACCCUGACUGGAAUCCAAAAUGGAGCUGAUUGGAUCUACUUUGACAGCUACAUAUGCUCGUCCAAGAACCAGCCACUUCCUCCCGGCCAUCUCCACCAUGGCAUCCAGCUACCGCAACACCCAGCCUGCCUUGGCCAUGAACCCCAGUGCCAACCUGUGGAGGACCAGCGGCUAUUACAAGAACGGCAACACGGUCCAAUCUCCCUCUUCUUCCAUGCAGCGAGAGAAUUUAGAUUUGGUUCGAGCCAAGACCAUGUUCUACCCAUCCAACAGGACAGUGCUUUCAACUCGCUACACUCCGGACGACUGGUACAGGUCCAACCAGAGCAACUACAGGGAGUCCGAGUCAUCCAGGAAUAGUGCGGAAAGACUACGUAGAGACACAAUCAGGCUGAUGCAGGAUAAGGAGCAGCAGACCAGACGGACUCAGGAGAGUACCAGCAAAAACAUUGGGGAGCGGCUCAAUGACAUUGUCUUCUGGAAGUCGGAGCUGAGUCAUGAGAUUGACAACAUGGUGACAGAGAUAGCAGCCCUUGCCGAGGUCAAGAGGAGGCUGGAGAGAGCUUUGGCAGAGACACAGGGGCCCCUACAGGUGUCUCAAGAGUGUUUGUACCACAGAGAGAAGCGGAUGUCCAUCGAUCUGGUGCAUGACGAUGUGGAGAAAGACCUCAUAAAGGAAGUGGAAGUCAUCAAGUCCUGUCAGGAGAGGAUGAGACGGCAUCUGGACAGAGCCAUCGCUCAGCUGGCGUCAAACCGAGCUGCCCAGCAUGAAUUGGAAAGAGACAUAAGCGACAAAGUGACAGCUCAGAGGAUUGAUGGCAGGUGCCACCAUCUGAGGAACACAUCAGACGGUAUCGGCUACUACAGAGGGAUUGAAAGACUUGACCCUUCACUCUCUCUGCCAGACUCUUGGUCCAAAUUCACUGAUGACAACAUCCUGCACUCCCAGAGCGAGCGAGCCUCCUCCCACAAGCUCAGGGACGAGAUAGAAAUCCUCCUGAACACCACGUCCAACGAAAUGUGGAACCAGUUCAACAACGUCAACGUAGCCUUCACAAACCGCAUGUCAGAAACUGCAGAUGCUAAGAACAGCCUGCAGACACACCUCGCAAAGACCCUGCAGGAGAUCUUCCAGACUGAGAUGUUGAUUGAGACCCUGAAGAAGGCCUUAAGAGACAAAGAGUGUCCAUUGAAAGUGGCCCAAACCAGGCUUGAGGAGAGGACCCGCAGGCCCAAUGUGGAGCUCUGCAGAGACAACCCUCACCACAGACUUGUGAGUGAGGUGAGAGAGAUCGAGGAUACCAUCCAGAAGCUCCAGGAGAGGCUGAUGGAGGCUGAAAACACUCUGCAGAAUCUGGUCAAAACCAAAGUGACCCUGGAGCAUGACCUGUCCAUCAAGGCCAACUCGCUCUUCUUAGACCAGGAGAAGUGCAUGAGCACGCGCAAGAGCUUUCCUAGCAUGCCCCGUCUGGUUGGCUACACGUAAAAGAGUCUUCAC